AUGUCGAUACGAACCAAUCGAAGAAGUCUCGAUCCCAGCAUCAUCCUUCCACCACAAUUCAGAACUUUGUCCUUCGGCAUUGAAGAGAGUAAACGAGAGAGUCUCGUGCCACGCAAGAACAAGAAAGCUGCUGCUGCGAGGCCGAAAAGCAAGAAGCAAGCCGCACAGGCCGAAGUCGAGGACAGCGACUAUCACAAGGUCACCAGAGAGAGUCUCCUCCAGCGCUUUGCUUCUUCUCGCCUGAAUGGUCUGACUAGCUCCGCUGUGGCACAACAGCUCAAGACUGUGGGUCGCAACAUCCCUUCUCCGCCCCCCUCGCACUGGGUACGUCAAACUCUGGGCUACCUUUUUGGUGGUUUUGGCACCAUUCUCUUCACAUGUAGUAUUCUGGUGUUCAUUGCUUGGAGGCCACUGGGGGAUCCCAACCCAUCGGUCUCGAACCUUGCGCUCGCCAUUGUCUUGGCCGUGGUCUGGGUUGCACAAGCCGCUUUCUCCUUCUGGCAAGACUUCUCGUCCUCGCAGGUCAUGGCCUCCAUCUCUCAAAUGCUACCCGAAGACUGUAUUGUGCUACGCGAUGGCGAGCAAGUCAAGGUGGACGGCAGGGACGUGGUUCCGGGAGACAUCCUCAAAAUCACCAUUGGCAACAAGCUUCCAGCAGAUUGUCGUUUCCUGGAAGUCUCAUCUGAUGCUCGUUUCGACCGAUCCAUUCUCACGGGCGAGACUGUGCCGCUCCUCGCUUCUGUCGACUCCACAGACGACAACUACCUCGAGACAGCUUGUAUUGGACUUGCGGGAACCCACUGUGUGUCAGGCAGCGCUUGGGGUCUGAUUGUCGAGACUGGCGAUCGAACCAUCUUUGGCCGUAUUGCCAAGCUCACAAGCACGCCAAAGACUGGUCUCACGCCGCUACAGAAAGAGAUUCUCUACUUCGUGGGCAUCAUUGUCGGCCUCAUGCUGACAAUGGUGCUCAUCGUCAUUGGUGUUUGGGCCGGCUGGCUUCGCAAAGACCACCCCGAUUGGAUCAGUGUUCCCAUGCUCAUCAUCAGCUGUGUUUCUGUUGCCGUGAGCUUCAUUCCUGAGGGACUGCCCAUUGCAGUCACUGCUUCCUUGACCAUCACUGCCAACAUCAUGCGCAAGAACAAGAUUCUCUGCAAGAGCCUGAAGACCGUGGAGACACUCGGAGCUGUCAAUGUCAUCUGUUCCGAUAAGACAGGCACAUUGACCAGAAACGUGAUGACAGUCACCGAUUUUCUUGUGGGCAAGACUUCGAUGUCUGCUUCGGAUGCACCUGCUCGUUACCAGACAUGCGAGGGCCUUCGUCAGCUGGCCAAUGCCUGUGCCAUCUGCAAUGAUGCCGAGUUCGUUGCGUCCACCAUGGAUCAACCCAUUGCGGACCGCAAAAUCAACGGCGAUGCGACCGACUCCGCUAUACUGCGUUUCGCCGAAGGUAUGAACAUGGUCUCGGAGAUUCGCAACAGCUGGCGCUCCAUUUUCAAGGUCGCAUUUAACAGCAAGAAUAAAUUCGCCAUCACCAUUACCAAAGGAGAGACGUCCCCUGAUCCACUACUCGUCAUGAAGGGCGCUCCGGAUAUCUUGUUGCCACGCUGCUCGUCCUACAUCGAUGUCGAUGGCUCUAUCCAGAAACUCUCCGAGCGAGAUAUGAAGACACUGGAACGCAUGAAAGAUUACUGGUCCUCGCAGGGCAAGCGUGUGAUCCUCUUGGCCGAGAAACCGCUCAAGGAUCUGCCCUUCAAUCCUGUGGAACAACCUCGAGAAUACGAACGUGAUAUCUUGGGCCGCGCAGCUGGAGAUCUGAUUUUCUGUGGUCUCGUUGGUAUCGUGGACCCACCGCGGCCAGAAAUCCCAGAAGUGGUCAGAACGCUCCGAGGCGCCGGUAUUCGCGUCUUCAUGGUCACUGGUGACUUCAAGCUCACGGCCCAAGCAAUUGCCGCGGAGUGCGGUAUCAUCACUUCGACUCCUCGCAACACCGACGAUGUGACGCACUUGGCCUUUGACGAGGGUUUCCUCGAGAGCGCAGGCAUUGUGAGUGAAAAGUCGGUUGAAGAUAUCAGCAAGACGAAAUCGAUUGUGCUCUCUGGUUCGGAUAUCGAGACUCUGGACGAGUCCAUGUGGACCAAACUCAGCUUGUACGAUGAAAUUGUAUUUGCACGCACCACUCCCGAGCACAAGCUCAAGAUCGUUCGCGAACUGCAGCAUCGCGAACUCACAGUCGGAAUGACGGGCGACGGAGUCAACGAUGCGCCUUCUCUCAAGGAAGCCGACGUAGGAAUUGCCAUGGGAUCAGGAAGUGACAUUGCCAUCGAAGCCGCCGACAUGGUCCUCCUGGAUUCAUUCGCCGCGAUUGUCGAAGCAGUCAAAUAUGGCCGCGUCGUCUUCGACAAUCUCAAAAAGACCAUCUGUUAUGUCCUACCCGCAGGCUCCUUUAGCGAAUUCUGGCCCGUCAUGACCAACGUCUGCUUCGGUCUCCCACAAAUUCUCUCGAGUUUUCUCAUGAUUAUCAUCUGCUGCUUCACCGACUGCGCUGCCGCCACCGCACUCGCAUACGAGAAACCCGAAGCAGACGUACUCCUCCGCAAACCUCGAGAUGCGAAAAAAGACCGUCUGGUCAAUGGGAAACUCAUCUUGCAAGCAUAUGGUUUUCUGGGGAUCAUCAUGUCCGUCACUUCCUUCGCCAUGGCUUACUGGCACGCGCAACGUCGCGGAAUCCCCUUUUCUACUCUCUGGUUCGGAUUCGGAGUGCCCCCGGUAGGAAUGAGUGAAGAUCGAUAUUUGGAUAUUCUCAAUACCUCCAGUUCCGUAUAUUUUGUCAAUCUCGUCGUCAUGCAAUGGUUCAACCUCUUCGCCGUCCGCACCCGCCGCCUCUCCGUUCUGCAACACCAUAUGAAUUGGCUCUUACUCCCCGCCAUUGCUUUCGCUCUCAUUUUCGCAAUCUUCUUCCUCUACGUGCCGAAAUUCCACCAUGUACUUCAAACGGCGAUUAUUCCGGCCGAGUAUUGGUUUUUUCCCAUGGCGUAUGGAAUGAGUAUUUUGUUGUUGGAUGAGGGGAGGAAGUUUCUUGUGAGGAGGUAUCCGAGGAGUUGGGUUGCGAGGAUUGCUUGGUGA